ACUUGGCUCUUCUCUUGCUUUUGUCAUUCUUUCACACUUAGCUUUUUCUUCGUGUAGGGUCUUUUUUCCCUUGUGAUUGGUACGAAACUUGCUUCUCUUCUGCUUCCUCAUCUCUGCGAAUGGUGUGAAUCAGAACUCUUUAGUCUCGCAGUUCACCUUCUCUGUUAACUUGUUAGUUCGAAAUCCAUGGGGAUCUGUCAUGGAAAGCCCAUCGAACAUCGAUCAAAACAGAGCCGAAGCCAAGUUUCCGCGGAAACUGAUGAAGCCAACGAGGUGGGUGGUCUCGACAAGAGCUUCGGGUUCUCGAAGCAGUUCUCUACACACUACGAGAUAGAUGGCGAGGUGGGUCGUGGACACUUGGGGUACACUUGCUCUGCCAAGGGUAUUAAAGGCACCUCGAAGGGUCAUGAAGUUGCUGUUAAAGUCAUUCAUAAAGCCAAGUUGACGAAUGCACUUAUGGUCGAGGAUGUUAGUAGAGAAGUGAAGAUUAUGCGAGCUUUGACUGGUCACAAGAACUUAGUCCAGUUCUAUGACGCUUUUGAAGAUGAUGAAAACGUUUAUAUUGUCAUGGAGUUAUGUAAAGGUGGUAAUCUCUUGGACAAAAUACUUGAAAGGGGUUGCAAGUACCCAGAAGAUGAUGCUAAACAUGUAAUGGUUCAGAUUCUUGAUGUAGUAGCUUACUGUCAUCUACAAGGUGUAGUUCGCCGUGACCUCAAACCCCAGCACUUCUUGUUCAGUACUAAGGACGAGACUUCUCCUCUAAAAGCAGUUGGCUUUGGUUUCUCUGGUUAUGUCAGACCAGACGAGAGGUUGAAUGAUAUUGUAGGAAGCUCUUUCCACGUAGCUCCUGAAGUUUUGCACCGUACAUACGGGACAGAGUCCGACAUGUGGAUGGUUGGAGUGCUCGCUUACGUUCUUCUCUCUGGCAGUAGACCCUUUUGGGCCCCUACUGAGUACGAACUCUUUCGAGCUGUUCUUAAGACAGAACCUAGUUUUGAAGAAGCUCCUUGGCCUUCACUGUCACCUGAUGCUGUAGACUUUGUGAAAAGAUUGCUACACAAAGACUACCGUAAGAGAUUAACUGCUGCUCAGGCUUUGUGUCAUCCAUGGCUGGUUGGCUCUCAUGAAGUGAAGAUACCAUGUGAUAUGAUCAUAUACAAGCUAGUGAGAGUGUACAUAAUGUCAACUUCGUUGAGAAAAUCAGCUUUAGCAGCUCUUGCUAAGACAUUAACUGUACCGCAGCUAGCUUAUCUGAGGGAGCAGUUUACACUGUUGGAGCCAAGUACAGAUGGAUAUAUCUCCAUGCAGAAUUUCAAAACAGCAAAUCUUAAGAGCUCAACAGAUGGUAUGAAGGAUUCAGGAGUCUUUGAUUAUGUUCACAUGAUAAGUUGUCUUCAAUACAAGAAACUAGAAUUUGAAUAGUUCUGUGCAGCAGCAUUAAGUGUUUAUCAGAUGGAAGCAGUGGAAACACGGGAGCAACACGCACAACGUGCUUAUGAGUUGUUUGAGAAAGAUGGGAAUAGACCUAUCAUCAUUGAGGAACUUGCAUUGGAACUCGGACUCAGUCCAUCAUCAGUCCCUGUGCAUGAUGUACUUGAGGAUUGGAUAAGACAAUCAGAUGGAAAGCUUAGUUUCUUCGGUUUUGUCAGGCUACUACACGGCGUGUCUUCUCAGACACUACAGAAAGCUUAGGAGGAGCAAGGAGAUUGUUUUACCAUCAGACUGUGCCCAAAAGACCAAACAGGAGAAAGUUGUUCAUAAAAAUAAACAAACUUUUCACUAAUUUUAUAUUUUUAUUAAAUUAAAAGUCCUAAAUUAUCUUAA